AUGGCGCCCAGACGGCAGACAUUUACGCGUAUUUAUAUUUUCUUUUUGACAAGAACAAUUAAUCCCCCUGUAAUUAAAAAAUUAAAAAAAAUCAAUAUUCACAAUUCAAAAAAUUUUUUUUCUUUUUCCUCUUUUCUUUUUCCUUUUUCCUCUUUUCUUUUUCCUCUUUUCUUUUUCCUCUUUUCUUUUUCCUCUUUUCUUUUUCCUUUUCUUUUUUCUUUUUCCUCUUUUCUUUUUCCUUUUCUUUUUCUUUUCCUCUUUUCUUUUUCCUUUUCUUUUUUCUUUUUCCUCUUUUCUUUUUUCUUUUCUUUUUUCUUUUUCCUUUUCCUUUUUUUUUUUUUCCUCUUUCUUUCCCUUUUCUUUUUUCUUUUUCCUUUUCUUUUUUCUUUUUCCUUUUCUUUUUUCUUUUUCCUUUUCUUUUUUCUUUUUCCUUUUCUUUUUUCUUUUUCCUUUUCUUUUUUCUUUUUCCUUUUCUUUUUUCUUUUCCUCUUUUUUUUUCUUACAUCUUGCCACUCUCCCCUCUCUCUUCUCUCUCUCUCUCCUCUCUCUUCUCUCUCUCUCCCCCUUCUCUCUAUUACAUUUCGGCACGUUCAUGAUGACAGCUUGCAUCGGGCUGCCGACUUGUAUCUCUUACGUAGAACGUCACCUUGGCCGAAUACUCGUCGGGCGUCGGAUCGGGCUUAUACUCACGAUUUUUCUCCCCUUCUCCCGCUCCUCUCUCCCUCACUUCUCCCCCUCUCCCUUCUCUCUCAUCUCUCCCUCCCCCUUUCCCUUCUCCCUCCCCUUUUCCUUCCCCCUCUCUUUCUUUUCACUUUUCCUCCACUCUCUUCAUUUUUCCUUCUCCUCCUGUAUCCCUCUAUGUUUCUACUACGCCUGUUUUGCUCAGCUUCUGCCACUCACCCUGUAACCUUCUUUCUGUUAAUCGAUAUCCCGGGUCCUUUCUCUCUUUCUUUCUUCUUUCUUUCUUUUUUCUUUCUUUUUUCUUUCUUUCUUUCUCUUUCUCUCUCUCUUUCGUUCUCUCUCUUUUUCUCUUUCUUUCUUUCUCUCUCUUUUUCUCUAUUUCUUUCUUCCUCUCUCUUUUUCUCUAUUUCUUUCUUUCUCUUUCUUUCUCUUUCUUUCUUUCUCUUUCUUUCUCUUUCUUUCUCUCUUUCUUCUUUCUUUCUCUCUUUCUUCUUUCUUUCUCUCUUUCUUUCUCUCUUUCUUCUUUCUUUCUCUCUUUCUUUCUCUCUUUCUCUCUUUCUUCUUUCUCUCUUUAUCUCUUUCUUCUCUCUUUCUUUCUUUAUCUCUUUCUUCUCUCUUUCUUUCUUUCUUCUCUCUUUCUUUCUUUAUCUCUUUCUUCUCUCUUUCUUUCUUUCUUUCUUUCUCUUUCUUCUCUCUUUCUUUCUUUCUCUUUCUUCUCUCUUUCUUUCUUUCUCUUUCUUCUCUCUCUUUCUUUCUUUCUCUUUCUUCUCUCUUUCUUUCUUUCUCUUUCUUCUCUCUUUCUUUCUCUUUCUUCUCUCUUUCUUUCUCUCUUAA